GCUUGUCUACCGCCAUUAGAAAUUACGCUCAGCAAGCAACUCUCUUUUCGCCUUCGACUCGUUUGCUUUGCCGGCUCUAGUCACGUGCAUUUUUAUAAUUAUCUAAGAACAUCUCAUAGAUAAAAUGGCAGAUGAAUAUUUUUUCGCUCUUACCCUUAAAGGAAAAAGUAGCGAGGUCUGGGAUCCCGAAGCAAAAGGGGCUGAAGACUACCAAGGGGGCCACAAAUUAAUUAUCAAACAAGCGUUACUAGGACCAGAAGCCACCGAAGGUGAAGUAAAUGUAGUACAGGUGGAAGCUAUGACAUGGAAAGAUUCUGUAAAAAUACCCGUGGCCACAUUGAAGGCUGGAGGACCAAACAAUCAAGUAUUGUUAGAUCUCUCAUUCCCAGAUCCUCCCGUGACGUUCUCACUUGUUCAAGGCAACGGACCAGUUCACAUCAUCGGACAUCAUUUAAUCGGGAGUCCGAUGGAGGAAUUUGAUGAAAUGGACGAGUUGGAAGAGGAGAUGAUAGAUGAUGAGGAGGGAGAAGAAGGAGCUGAAGAAGAGGAGGAGGAAGACGAACCCAAAACCAAAAAAGCUAAAACAACAAAUAGCACCAAGGGCAAAACUCCGGUCAAAAACAACGCCAAGGCCAAAAAGUAAACGAUAAUCCUCUUGUGUUUUAUUCAGUAAGUUAAUUUCUUUUUAAUGUCACGCUGGAAUUGGACUCGGUUUAUGUAAGGAUCCGCGAGGACAAUUCCGGCGAUUAACUAUGUUGCCCCAUCAGCGUAUUUGUGAAGUUCUUUUAAUUCCAAAUGUAACUUUUACGUCAACUUAAUUCUUAAGCGACACUUUAGGUAUUUAUUGGAAAUUCAGUUGUUGUAAAUAUACAAUCUCAUUAAAAUAGUUUUUUUCUAAUA